ACUAGACAGGCCGGCAUGGCCCCCUGGGUGUUCUGUAAUCGCUGCUUCCAGCCUCCCCGCGGGACGUCGUACUUCAGCCUGACCAACUGUGGGCAUGUGUACUGCCACGCGUGCCUCGGCAAAGGUAAAAAGGAUGAAUGCUUGAUUUGUAAAGUUCCUUGUCUCACGGUUUUACUUUCAAAGCAUACUGACUCAGAUAUUCAGUCCUUCUUUGUGGGCAUCGAUGGGCUGUGCAGAAAGUACUCCAGAGAGACUGCCCAGAUUUCAGAAUUUCAAGAAAAACACAGGAAGAGAUUGUUAGCCUUCUACAGAGAAAAGAUUUCUAAGUUGGAGGAGUCCCUCAGAAGGUCAGUGUUGCAGAUAGAGCAGCUGCAGAGCAUGAGAUCAUCACAACAGGCAGCUUUCAGCACAAUAAAAAAUUCAGUUUCAACAAAGCUGCCUGUUCACCUGCUGCAGCCACUUCGCUUAUCAGCUCCUGACAGAGUGGAGGCAAUGGAAGUUGAUCUCACUCCUUCCCCAGUGAGAAAACCUGAGGGAGCAGCCGGCCCAACGAGAAUCUCUUUGAUUAGUCCACCUCAAGAUGGACACAUGGGCAGCAUCUCCUACCGGGGCUCUCAGAAUCUCAGCCUGACUCCCAAUCAGAGCAUGGCGAAGCCUCUCAGGUCAUAUGUGAAGUUGUGUCCAGAGACAAAUUUUGGACCUGAACUCAACCUGCAAGUGAGGCCUCCUCUUCCUCUCUCAAAGGCAGAGCUGAGGCUCCUUCAGCUGCACAUUUAAGACUGUGUGUGUGGUGCACAUGCCUGAGGACACCACCGCCACCGCCAGCCUCCCAAGCAUCCCGGGCCCUUGGACACCAGGAUGCCUGGGCUACCAGGUGAAAGGCCCCACACCCUCCACCCUCACCAUCCUUGUCCUUCUGGAUGGCAUGUGGCAUAUGCUUGGCUGCUGCACUGUAAGUUCACUCUGUCCUGACAAUGAGCACCGUCAGAUGCUGAGAAAUGUCAUGGUGAUGAAGUAUUCUAAGUGGGCUCCCAAAUCCCUAAUGAUAUCUAAAUGUUUUUCUCUGUG